CAUCAACCAAAUCUAUAUAUUGCAAACAUCCAAAUAAAACUUUCUGCUAUCCUUAAAAAGUAAUUUAAAAGGGGUGUAGUGUGGGCAUAGGUUUUUGAAGGGGGUUUGCAUCCUGUAAAAUCCUGUCAUGUAGACUCUGCCUGUCCAUUCUCCGACACGGAGUUGAUCUACACAUUUAUCAUAUGGAAAAACAGCGCUAUUUAAAUUAUAAAACUCAUUUCACUGAGUGGAUGUAUGAGAUGAUGAACGGAUUUAAUGUAUUAUUAUAUGGGGUUGGCUCAAAAUAUGAUUUACUCGAAACUUAUAUUCUGAAUUGCUUGAAAAAUUCAUUUACGCACAUUGUUAUUCAAGGAUAUAUGGUGGAUAUCAACUUAAAAAUAAUAACUGAUACAAUAUUAAACAUGAUUGAAAUCCCGCAGAAAUUUAUUCAAUUAGGUCAUAUAGAAAGAUCUAUUGAUAACUUUCUUUCUAGACCAGAAAAUAAUAGAAAAGAGUAUUUUAUCGUGGUCCACAGCUUAGAUUCUAUUAAUCAUCAAACUGAACAGAUAUUGAACUUUUUAUUAAAUCUAGUACAAAUUGGGAAUAUCCAUAUAAUAGCAUCUAUAGAUAAGAUAAAUAAUGGAACAAUUUGGGACGAAAAAUCUGACAGUUACAAGGAAUUCAAUUGGAUACGCCAUCACACGCCAACGCCUCGCUCUUUCUUGCAGGAGUCAAAUUCUCAAGAUUCUUGUUUCUUUUUGAUUAACUCUACACAUCCACAAAAUGACAACAAUGGAGAUGAAAUUAAAAAUGACGGAAACGAUGCCUCUAUUUUGUCUCUGAAACGCGUGUAUUCCAGCCUCUCCGUAAAUUCCAAAAAAGUCUUUGACAUUAUGACGCUGGAAAUUAUGAAAUUCGAAUCAGAUGUUUCAGAUCUACCAAGUGAUGAUUCGAUACCAUUUCAAAAUCUACUAAGACUAUGCCGGGAAGAAUUUUUGGUCGGCAAUGAAAUUGGGUUAAGGAUACACUUGAGAGAAUUUGUGGAUCAUGAAAUUAUUACUAUAAAAAAUGAUGAAUCUGGAAUCGAACAAAUAUACUUUAACAUUAGUCGAAGAGCUUUAUCAAAUUUUAUCCAUCAAAUCACAUAGUUUUAUUUUUUGAUGUAAUAUUUCAAACGACAUGUUAUAUACAAAAAUUUUUUAAAAAUGAAAUUUUGUAAAUUUGCAAAUUAU